CCCAAGCCCGGCUGAGGCGGCGGCGGCGGCCAGUGAGUGCAGCCCUCCCCUCAGGGGCGGCGCGCGGCCGCCAUCUUGGGGCGGGCAGCGGCGGGAAAGCCGCUGGGUGACGUCAGUUCCGUGCGCGCGCCGCGGCCAUCGCUGCGGGCCGGGCCGGGCCGGCUCCGCGCUGCCCCUCCGGUGUCCCUCCCGUGUCCCUCCGGUGUCCCUCCCGUGUCCCUCCGGUGUCCCUCCGGUGUCCCCCGGUGUCCCCCCGGUGUCCCUCCGUGUUCCCGGGACGUCCCUCUGCGCCAACAGGAAUGGAUUUCCCCUGCGGAGGAUUGGGACAGGCCGACGCAAUGCCCCCCGCGCGGGCUGUGCCGGGCCCCGGCGCGCUGGAUCCUUUGCGGAGCCUGCUGCACUCCAUCUCCGCGGGGCUGUCGGCCGAGGAGCUCUCCGACAUGAAGUUCCUCUGCAAGGGCAAAAUUGGGAAGCGAAAGCUGGACGCGGUGCAAAGCGGCCAGGAGCUCUUCAGCAUCCUGAUAGAGCAGGAGGAGAUCACGAGGGACAACCUGAAGCUGCUGAAGGAGCUGCUGCAGCACAACAACAGGCGCGAUUUGCUGUCACUGGUGGUGCAGUUCGAAGAGGAAGAGCCUCACGACCCUGGUGAUCAGCCAGAUGAGCAUGAAAAAUGUCUCCUGAAGGCAGCUAUUGAUGUUAUCUGUGACAAUGUUGGCAGAGAGUGGAAGAAGCUGAUGCGAGCACUUGGGAUGCCAGAGGUGAAGCUGGAGAGGAUAGAGGCAGCCUAUCCACUUAAAUUGUAUGAACAGCUUUUCCAGGCACUCCGGGAGUGGCAGAGGUGGAAGGGGAAGGAUGCAAAGGUGGCUGACUUGAUAAAAGCUCUCCGGGGCUGCAACCUGAAUUUGGUGGCAGACAGGGUUGAAGAGAAGAUCUCACAGCUGAACACUGGAACCAGAUGAAAUCAGAGUAAAACUAUGCAUGCAAAAAGAGUGCCUUCAUCUCUUCUGAACCAAAAUAAUUAUCACUGGUGGCUUCUCAUGCCGUUUAUGUGCCUUAAUAAGUUCAUUUGUGCUCAGGUGAAAAUUGACAUGGAAACAGAUUCCUUUCAGGAAGUAGUUUGAUGCUUCUUUCAAGGUAUUUUAACUUUCACAAGAUCUGAACUCUGUUUUAUAGAAAUUCUCAUGCUUUUGUUCUGCCACUCACCUGGAAAGAUGUGCUUUGCUGCAGGAAUUUUUUAGAUGCAUCUCCACUGGAAAUACAUCCAUGGGAUACUUCUGAGGCAACCAGAAUUUAAAAUUUCACGGGGAGGUUGGAUUUUUUUUUUAAUGGCCUAUUAUAAAUACAGUGUGAAAGGGAGAAGGAGGAAACCUUUCAGCUGGGUGCUGGAUUUUCUUUUGGAGUAGCGUAAGAUAAUAUCUUCAGUAAUUUGUCAAAUAUAUUUGCUCUCCAUGAAAGGAUAUUAAGACAACUGUAACCUCAGACUGCAGUGCAAGAGGGACAUUAAUUCAAUAUUGGAAAAAAUGUGCCUAGGUUUGGAAAUGAAAUCAAAUAUCUGCACCAAGUGCCUUCAGCACCCUGAAGGAAGCGUUCUCCUGAAACUGCCCAAGAGAUUGUGUCUGACAGAUGUUGAGAGCAGCCUCUCUGCUAAGCUGUGAAUGCCUUGGGGCUCCUGGCUGGGAGUCCUUCCAUGACCUGUGUCACAGAGGCUGCUCGUGUGUGCUGGAAGGUGGGAGCCACUCACAGAGGGAACAGCAUUCAUGAACCUGUGUCAGAUUCAGCCCUCAGCUUUCAUCUGGAACAAACUUGAGUCAGUGGCCUUCACCUCUGAGCUGAGGCUGGAGAAAUUGCACAACUGCACAGCCCAGGACAUGCAGGGCUGUGGAGGCCUCAGGGGGAGAACCCCAUGAAAUCAUUGCUGUGAACAGCUGUAGGAUCCUGUGUUUCUGCAAACAUCUCCCAAGUGCCUGGCGUGAUACUGGAAGAGGUUUUAUUGCUGCUGCACCUGUGGGGCUUCCAGCUCUUUCCAAGUUGUUUUUACGUGGUGCCUUUGCUGUGAAGGCCAGGUGUCAGCACAUAACCUGUCACUGCUCUGCACAAACGUCGUGACACUGACAAUUUCCGAGUUUUCAUUGGUGCUUCUUGCUCAAACAGUGAGGCUUGAAUGCUUAAUUGCAGUUAGUGGGAACUGCUGUAAAUUGACAUGAUAGAAAAAUCAUUUCUGUCAGGGUUUUUUUCCCUUCAGUGAUUCUUCUCCGCAUUCCCAGAAGUGCUCAGGGCCAGGCUGGAUGGGACUUGGAGCAACCUGGUCGAGUGGAAGGAGUCACUGGUUGGAACUGGAUGAUCUUUUAGGUCCCUCCUUGCCCAGGAUUGUGUGCUGAUUCUCAGUGUCUUUCCAAUUCUGGUAUAUUAAGUAUCAGUGGUUGUAUCCAAGCAAAAGAGUUGCCAACCUUUUGGGAAGGCGGAGUUCUCCAAGUUCUUUUUCCCUUUACUUCUAUCAGUUGUCAAUUCCAGGCUCUCCAGGAGGAGAUGCUGAUCUUAAGCUGAACACAGCUCAGGUGUUUUGGAGAUUUGUGUUUCACAGACACCAGGAGUGUCCAUUCUGCAGUAUCUAAAGAAAAGGAUUGCUCCAGCAGUUUUUCCUUCCUGCCUCUGAGCACUCCCUGGGAGCGGAGCAGAGGAGUGGAAGGGAGCAGGAUGAGUUAUGUGAGUGCUCAAACAGCUCUGCAACAGCUCCAAGUCCAAUCUCUCUGCUGAAGUGCUUUUCUUAUCCACUUCUGAUGUCUUCUGCCUUACCAAGGAGAUUUAUGUGGAAUAGGAAGAGCAUACUGCCUACUGCAUACAGCCAGGAUAUUUUAGGAAUCAGUUGGAGUAACCUGUUGGUUGUAGCCAAGCACUCAUCAGCUACAAGAAAUGUUCUGUUUCAGGAGAUAAAACCCUCUUGUUUCUUCAGGGAUUUUUUACAUCUUUUUACUGUGUCUGAAAGCCAUGACCUAGACUACAUCAAUCUGUGCCAUACCUGAGGGCUAAUUAAGACUCUUUUUAUGAGAGAUUAAAGGGUUGUUUAUGUGAAACCAAAAUCAGUUCUAAUGAAGGGAACAAAAUCUUUUUAUUGGGAGGAGGGAUAAAGAGUGCCAUUUGUAAGGGAAUGUUUUCUGAUCCAGUGGAGAAUGUUCUAUUUUCGAAUUAAACACCUUAAACUUAUAUGCAUAUUUUUAUAACUUGAAUCUAAGUUUUAUAUUGUAUAAUUCUGUGUACAUUUCAUUAAAUAUAAUUCCUUAAAAAUAAA